CCAGACGUUGCCUGUCUAAAUUCCGGAUCAUGCGUAAGUUGUAUGUAGAACGGACUCUAUAUACUAAGGCUGUUGAUUUCUUAUCUGCACGUGUCCAUCAAUAAUACACGCAACAACCUUCCCGUUAUAUAUAUAGGCCACAGAUCGGCUAGCUCUACGCAUCGCAGAUUCGCAGUAUUCAUCGCAUUGUUGCUGUUUAUCGUAAAGUUUGUUUCCGCCGUAGAUCGAUAACUAGUCGAAGGAGCAGCUAGAGAUCAUCGUCGGAGAAGAUGGCGAGUUUCCAUGUCGCCGACGCGUCGGAGUACCUGGCCAUCACCGGCUGGGGCAUCGAGGACGUCAAGCUGGCCAAGAAGGCGUGGGUGUUUGCCGGGCAGCAGUGCAAGAAGUUCUGCAUCUCGCCGGUGAACUACGAGAUUGACGUGCACGCCAUGAGCGCCGAGAAGCUGCCCUUCAUCCUCCCCGCGGUCUUCACCAUCGGCCCAAAGAUCACCGCCAGCGGCGGCGCGGAGGCGGACAAGAAGGAGCUCGAGAAGCAGCUCCUGCUCUACGCGAAGCUCAUCGCCCCGCUGGACACGUCCACCAGCCACGUCCAGGAGCUGGUCAAGGGGAUCAUCGAGGGCGAGACACGCGUGCUGGCCGCGGAUCUGACCAUGGAGGAGAUCUUCAAGGGCACCAAGUCGUUCAAGGAGCAAGUCUUCGAGAAGGUGCAGCUGGAGCUCGACCAGUUCGGGCUCAUCAUCUACAACGCCAACGUGAAGCAGCUGGUGGACGUGCCGGGGCACGAGUACUUCUCCUACCUCGGCCAGAAGACGCAGCAGGAUGCGGUGAACCAGGCCAAGGUGGACGUGGCGGAAGCCCGGAUGAAGGGAGAGGUGGGCGCCAAGGAGAGGGACGGACUGACCCGGCAGAACGCCGCCAAGGUGGAUGCCGAGACCAAGGUGUUGUCUGUGCGGCAGAUGGGUCAGGGGCUCAAGGAGGAGGCCAAGGUGAAGGCCGAGGUGCAGGUGUUCGAGAAUGCUAGGGAGGCGGACAUCGCUGCGGCCAAGGCCGAGCUUGCCAUGAAGAAGGCAGGGUGGGACAAGCAGGCCAAAGUGGCCGAGGUCGAGGCAGCCAAGGCCGUCGCCAUCCGGGAGGCUGAGCUGCAGAUGGAGGUGGAGCGCAAGAACGCGAUGCGCCAGACUGAGAAGCUCAAGGCCGAGCAACUCAGCAAGGCCACCGUAAAGUACGAGACACAGGUUCAAGAAUCAAAUGCACAAUUCUACAGCAGGCAGAAGGCGGCGGAGGCUGCCCUGUUCGAGCAGAUGAGGGCGGCCGACGCGCGCAAGGCGCAGGCCGACGCCAAGUUCUUCGAGCAGAAGAUGGGCGAGGACGCGAGGCUCUACGCGAAGCAGAAGGAGGCGGAGUCACUGGCUCUAGUGGGCAAGGCUAAGGCGGAGUACGUGGCGUCCAUGCUCCAGGCUCUGGGCGGCAAUUACCACGCUCUCAGGGACUACCUCAUGAUCGACGCCGGCAUGUACACGGAGAUGGCACGCAUCAACGCGGGCGCAGUCAAUGGCAUGCAGCCCAAGAUCAGCAUCUGGAGCAACGGUGGUGGCACGGACGGCACCCUGAACGGCGCCGGUGGAGAGGCUGCUGCCGGUAACGCGCUGCAGCAGAUGUCCGGGGUGUUCAAGAUGCUGCCGCCGCUACUGUCGACGGUGCACGAGCAGACGGGGAUGGGGCCACCGGCCUGGUUGGGUACGCUGCAAAAGGAUGAUGCUGCGGCCAAGGCCAACGAACUAAUCGAGUAAUUGUCGCGUACUGCGUUCUCAUAGUGUAGUACUUAUUCAUUUGCAAGUUUUUGGUUAUUCGAGUCGUCGGAUUAGUUAGGUGUUUAUUUUGCUAGCGUUUUUUUUCUAAGGUUUGCUUCAAGUACAAUCGUCUAAUGGGUUCGUAAAUUCUCAGUUGUACAAGAUUGUUAAUUUUUCUAAAGCGGUCUAUGUC